UUUAUCAAGCAGGGCACCCAGAAUCGUGAGGAGAGGAAUAAAAAUCACCUUAUUCACCUAAUUCUUUACCAUUAAUGGCUUUGAGUUAUUGGAGCAAUACACAAGGAACUUAAGGUUCGGCUUCUUGGGAGAAAAGCGCAAUGGAUUAACAUUAUUUUGUAAAAAGAGUGGGAACGGACAAAUAUUUUUUCUGCGAGGUAGUUGGACCGAAUUAUGAUGGGCUGGUGACUGAAGUCAUUCUCUUUCCUGACUUCGGUUCUCUGUUUUGGGGGAUAUUUGCCGUCUGCAGUGUUUCCCUCUAAAAAACACGAACAUGGUACAGAAAGGACGCGAAUGAGAGGGAAUGGUUUCCGGAGAUUACGCUUUAAGGAUAUAGACCCGAGGCUGAACAGGAUUUGAUUCUUCUGCGGAAGAACCACAGCAAAUGGCUGCUCUGUCUGUGUCGCCGGGGUGGACCAUUUAAAGGAGUCGCCCUGAUGAAUAGAUUGGAGUGGAAGAUGUUGCCCCUGCCUGAAUUGUGAAAUCAGUGGGAAAUACCACUCGCCAUGCAGACAGCCUUUUGAGGGGUUUUUUGGCAGCCACGUGUCGGGCAGACCUUUUAUUUUUGCCUUUGAUCUUGCUUCCUUUUUUCACUUAACCUGCUUCCCUCACUGGCCCUGCCAUUGGAUACCGACUGCACUGCUGCCAGGUGCCAGCCGCCUUCCACGUCGAGCUGAGCCACUCUGCCCACCGUCUGGUGCUGAUCUGGCGCAGGUGGUGCCCGUGGUGGAGGAGGCAUGUUGCCACAGCGACCCUGCCGACUACGGAGCGUGUGUAGUGCCAUGAGGCCUCGGAUGGGAUUUGGCUCGGGUGCGGACCCAGCCUUGCUGCUGUGGGUGUUGGGCUUCGCUCUGCAGGCCCUGCUGGUGGCCGCACAGAAACUGGACGAGACGGACCCGGUGGUGACCACCGCCUACGGGCGGGUGCGGGGCUUCAAGAAGGAGCUCAACAACGAGAUCCUCGGCCCCGUCAUCCAGUUCUUGGGCGUGCCCUACGCCGCACCUCCCACGGGCGAGAGGCGCUUCCAGCCCCCUGAGCCCCCGAUCCCGUGGUCCGACAUCCGGAACGCCACCCAGUUUGGCCCCGUGUGCCCCCAGAACAUUCUGGAAGGCAGGCUCCCCGAUGUCAUGCUCCCUGUGUGGUUUACCAACAGCCUGGAGGUGGUCUCCUCCUACGUUCAGGAUCAGAGCGAGGACUGCCUGUUCUUGAACAUUUAUGUGCCCACGGAGGAUGUAAAAAGAAUAUCCAAGGAAUGUGCCAGGAAACCCGGCAAGAAAAUAUGUAGAAAAGGAGGUCCCCUUACAAAGAAACAGAGUGAUGAUUUAGGUGAUAAUGACGGUGCAGAGGACGAAGACAUUCGUGAAAGUGGCAGUCCCAAGCCAGUGAUGGUUUUCAUCCACGGAGGUUCUUAUAUGGAGGGCACAGGGAAUAUGUUUGACGGGAGCAUCUUGGCAAGCUAUGGCAAUGUCAUUGUCAUAACUGUGAACUAUCGGCUUGGAGUGCUAGGUUUUUUGAGCACAGGAGACCAAGCUGCAAAGGGAAAUUAUGGCCUUUUGGAUCUAAUCCAAGCCCUACGCUGGACCAGUGAAAACAUUGCUUUUUUUGGGGGUGACCCUUUGCGCAUUACUGUAUUUGGAUCAGGGGCUGGCGCUUCAUGCGUCAACCUCCUGACUCUAUCCCAUUAUUCUGAAGGUAACCGUUGGAGCAAUUCAACCAAAGGACUUUUUCAGAGAGCUAUAGCACAGAGCGGUUCAGCCUUGUCCAGCUGGGCGGUCAGCUUCCAGCCUGCUAAAUAUGCCCGUAUGCUGGCCAAGAAGGUGGGCUGCAACCUGAAGGACACUGUGGACUUGGUAGAGUGCUUGCAGAGGAAGCACUAUAAAGAGCUAGUGGACCAAGACAUUCAGCCUGCUCGCUACCACAUAGCAUUUGGACCUGUUAUCGAUGGGGACGUCAUUCCAGAUGAUCCACAGAUCCUUAUGGAGCAGGGUGAGUUCCUCAACUAUGACAUCAUGCUGGGGGUCAACCAAGGUGAAGGUCUGAAGUUUGUGGAGCUCAUCGUGGACAACGAGAAUGGUGUGCAGGCAAACGACUUUGACUAUGCCGUUUCCAGUUUCGUUGAUGACCUCUAUGGUUAUCCGGAGGGCAAGGACAUCCUGCGAGAGACAAUUAAGUUCAUGUACACAGACUGGGCAGACAGACACAACCCGGAAACGCGGAGAAAGACAUUACUUGCGUUGUUUACUGACCACCAGUGGGUGGCCCCAGCUGUGGCCACGGCGGAUCUCCACUCAAGUUUCGGGUCUCCCACUUACUUCUACGCCUUCUACCAUCACUGCCAGACAGAGCAGGUGCCGCCCUGGGCAGACGCAGCCCAUGGCGAUGAAAUCCCAUAUGUGUUCGGCCUGCCCAUGAUUGGACCAACUGAGCUCUUCCCAUGCAACUUCUCAAAGAAUGAUGUUAUGCUGAGCGCUGUGGUAAUGACGUAUUGGACAAACUUUGCUAAAACUGGAGACCCCAACCAGCCCGUUCCCCAAGACACCAAGUUCAUCCACACCAAACCCAAUCGCUUUGAGGAGGUGGCCUGGUCACGGUACAACCAGAAGGACCAGCUGUACCUUCACAUCGGCCUGAAGCCCCGGGUCAAGGAGCACUACCGUGCCAAUAAGGUCAACCUGUGGCUGGAGCUGGUUCCUCACCUACACAGCCUGAACGAGGUCACACAGAUUAUCUCCACGACCACCAAGGUCCCACCGCCAGAGGUCACUCCGCGAACACCAAAGAAGAUCCCUGUCAACACCAAGAGGCCGAACCCCACGCCGUUCCCCACCGAGAGCCAGGACAGCCAGCCCUUCCAGGUGGACCAGCGCGACUACUCCACGGAGCUGAGCGUGACGAUCGCGGUGGGCGCGUCGCUGCUCUUCCUCAACAUCCUGGCCUUCGCCGCGCUCUACUACAAGAAGGACAAGCGGCGGCACGACGUGCACCGACGCUGCAGCCCGCAGCGCAACACGGCCAAUGACCUGGCGCACACGCAGGAGGAGGAGAUCAUGUCGCUGCAGAUGAAGCACACAGACUUGGAUCACGAGUGUGACGCCAUGCAUCCGCACGAGGUGGUUCUGAGAACUGCCUGCCCGCCCGACUACACGCUAGCCAUGCGACGGUCGCCAGACGACAUACCACUCAUGACGCCAAACACCAUCACCAUGAUCCCCAACACCAUGCCAGGGCUCACUUCCCUCCACUCCUUCAACACCUUCUCAAGCGGACAGAACAACACGCUGCCUCACCCCCAUCCACACUCACACUCCACGACCAGGGUAUAGCCUGUGGGACCCUGCAAGCUAAACACACACAGACACAUGUACACACACACUAACACACACACAUACACACACACACAAAUACACACACAAAUACAGGAGCCAACACACUGAGUGAAGAAAGCAAGCUGUGGAAUAUUUCCACUCCUGUGAAUAUGACUCAUAGGAAUUAUAGGGAUUUUUCUGGGACAGAUAGUACCAUUUUAUAUUAAAAGGAAAGAAACUUUAAAGAGAAACGUGGAAGAAUAUUUCAGUUAAAAAAUGGAAAACAAAUAAAGAUAUUCAUAAUUUUUUUUUUUAAAGUACUCAGCAUUGUGACUAUGCCAGACUCCUUUUCUGGCAAGAGAUGUUACCCUCGGAUUACAAUUGAGCAAUCCAAGGAGGUGGAGGACAAAAGGAAGUGUGGGAGGCCCUUUGUAAAUGAAAGAAAAUAUUGUUUUCCUGAGGCAUCGCACUCUAGAUUACACUCUCAAGAGAAGAGAGGAGAUGCUGCUUACCCAAUUCAGGCAUGUGUAACCCUGCAGGAAACAGACGAGGCAUUGUAAGAUAUGGAAUAAGGACCAUAAAGGUGGGAAAAGGGAAAGAGCUCUUCAGGAAUAUGCACAAUGGAGACAUUCAUGGCAAUGUCUUGGAUACCUUUCAUCAAUUUAUUUUUGGGGAACAGAUUUAUUGUAUAGAACCUAUUUACAUAUCUAGAUAUGUACACAAAGCACCAAUGCUGUUUAAGCCCUCCUAGGGCAGCGAUACUCUAAAUCUGCCAGCGGAACUUACUGGGGGGAGUCAUAUUCUUUCUGGCAGAUGCAGCUUCAUCACACAAGUGCUGUCUAUACCAAGAACUGGCAGACAAAAGGGAACCUGGAUAUUUUUAGCACGAUGCGCAUGACAAUUUAUCUGCUUGGUGGCUGUUCUGCUGAUUAAGUCAUAAUUAAAAAAAAUAAUUUCCAUCCCCAUUGGAUUUGUUUUGAAGAAAUACUGUUCUGAUUGGCUCACAAACCCAC